AUGGAACCAGGGCCCAGGAGCUCAGAGAGAUCACGUCAUGGAGCCGUGGUCCUGGGUCUGGUUCUGCUGAGUGUUCUGCUGCUCGCUGGGCUCAUCUGCCUCGGUGUCCACUACCACGAUGCUGCUGCACAACUCUCCACCAUCAAAGCCAACGUCACUGAUCUGACUGAGGAGAGAAACCAGCUGAAGACCAAUGUGAAUGAAAUGCAGAAGCUGCAGCAGAGUUUGCUUUCUGCUACAGGUAAAACAUGUCCUGCUGGAUGGAGGAGGUUCGGCUGUUCCUGUUACCUCCUCUCCAGUCAGUCUGGACCUUGGACAGACGGCAGAGACGACUGCAGAAGCAGAGACGCACAUCUGGUGGUGAUCGACUCCAGUAAAGAGCAGUGGUUCAUCUCUAGAUUCACCAACCAGGAUGCUUGGAUUGGUUUGAGUGACAGGGACCAGGAGGGGACCUGGACCUGGAUCGAUGGAACUCCACUGACCUCCACCUCAGCUCAGUUCUGGGGGACGAACCAGCCUGAUAAUAGUGGGCCGACUGGUGAUGAGGACUGUGGAGAGAUCAUAGGUUAUGGUGAUUGGUGGAAUGACCUGCGCUGUGAGGCAUCUCGGAAGUGGAUCUGUGAGAAAGACCAAUGAAGCGAUGGAGUGGCUUUAACAUGAGCUAUUAUCGCUCUGGUCUUUCCAAUUCAUUCACAAACACAUCAUUUCCUGUGUUAAUGAAUGUGAUCAACAUAAAAGCUUGAAGGCAAAACUACUUUUUGCCUUCAAACCAGCUUCAAUACUUAUAGGUUCACUUGCACAAAGCCAGGAAAAAACGUAAAAAAGUAGAUUGUGUGAUUGAAAUUUGCCUUUUAUUCAAUUUAUUGAAACAUUUAAAUAUAUAACAGCAUCUUCA